GAUACCACAAUAUGCAUUUUAUUAUAAUUUUGCUACUUUAUGUUAUUGGAAUUUUGAUUAAUUUAGUAAAUUCAGAGAGAUAUAUUGUUGGAGAAGGCUAUGGUUGGGGUCCUGCUCCUUACCCUACUUACUACCAAGAUUGGGCUACAACUGUCAAGUUAAAACCUGGAGAUCAAUUAGAGUUUAGAUUCCAAAAGCCAGAGGAUUUGCUAGAGAUUGGAAAAUACAACUAUUAUGCAUGCAAUUCCAACACUCUUUCAAGGCAAUACAAAGAUAGUCCAGCAAUAGCAUUCAUGUUGGUACCUGGAGAUUAUUAUUUCAAAUCCAGCAACAAUACAAAUUGCAUCAAUGGCCAGAAGCUUUAUGUAAAUGUAGCAGCUCCAAUUGAAGAUGAGGCUGAUGAUAAGAUUUGAGAUAACUUAGAUACAUAUAUCUCAAAGUUAGACAAUAAUAACCAAUUUAUUGAGUUCAGAGUGAACGUGAUCUUAUUAUAUGUAUGCAUACAUUUUCUUUCUUUUGUUUUUGCACAUAUUAUAGUUUUGAGUCGAAGACAAUAAAUUCAGUUGAAAUCAUAGAACUAGUGGUAGCCAUACGCACUUUACUUGUUUAAGAUGGCGGAAGAAUGCUCAUGGAGACACUCUCUUGGCUAUUACUUUCACAAGACAGAGAGUUCACGUAAUAUGUUAUAAGAGGUGUUCAAAUAGAAAUAGUCCUUGAUGUACAGAAAAGUGAUCCUUUGACAUUGAUAGCAAUAA